CCGCUGCUUCCGGGGACGGGUUGAGUCUGGGUCCCGACCUCGCCGUUCCGCUUCCGGGUGACGGGCCGGCGGAGGCGCGGAUGCUCUUCGGCUGCUCGGAGCGGCGAGCGCACAAGAGCAGUGGAUGGUGAGGAGGGUGCCUGUCCUGUCCCGCCCCAGUAAGCCAUGGCCUAUCAGCUGUACAGGAACACCACGCUGGGGAACAGUCUGCAGGAGAGCCUGGAUGAGCUCAUACAGUCCCAGCAGAUCACCCCUCAGCUGGCCCUUCAGGUGCUACUUCAGUUUGAUAAAGCUAUCAACUCGGCACUGGCACAGCGCGUCAGGAACAGGGUCAACUUCAGGGGGUCUCUGAAUACAUACAGGUUCUGUGACAACGUAUGGACAUUUGUACUGAAUGACGUUGAAUUUAGGGAGGUCACUGAACUUGUAAAAGUGGAUAAAGUGAAAAUUGUAGCAUGUGAUGGAAAAAACACUGGUUCCAAUACUGCAGAAUGAACAGGACUGGAAUUUGUCUGCAACACUUCAAUAUGCAGCUCUUUCUGGAGAGAAGCAUGGAGAGAGACUGUUCAUUCUUAAUUCUUGUGAUGCAGAUGUGAGUUAGUCCAUGCUAGGAAGUCUCAGAAUGACGGCAAAAGAAAUACCUGUAGCAUUUCUUCAGUUCACCCUAUAGGGCAUGAAUACAAUAUUACUUUUGGGGUUUUCUUAAAUUAGAACAGAUACUGUUGGUUUGGUUUGGGUUUCUUUUUUUGUUCAAAGUAAUUUCUGUAAUAAAUUUUUAUUUAAAAAACU